CAUUUACGUUUCAGCUACGAACGCGACGUCGAAUAUUCACUUACAGUAUCAUUUACGUCUACUUUAGCUAUUAAUUUUCUUUUAUUUUUUAUAUCGUGAAAUAUUACCUCAUAAGAUUAUACUUAUUAUUAAUUUAUAUAUCUUUUAAAUCUAGAAUAUAAUACUACUACAAUCCACCAAAAUUUAAUAAAUUUAUAAUAAUUCUUAAACCUAAUAUUUCUGUGGAAGUAUAUUUUUUGUGGAAAAAUUUUUUAUAAAACUAAUUCAAAACUGUUAUUAUUGGUGUAAAAAUUUAAUAACAAGCAAAAUGGCUUUGAAAAUUCGCGUUCAAUCACCGAAGGUAAAAUACACAGAAGAUUGUAUUGAAGCACAGUACGAGUAUCAAACAACGAACGUUAUAGAAGACGAUACAAAAUAUACGGGGAAAGGAAUAUAUUAAAAAAUGAACAGCUGCUCAAACGCUAUGAUUUUAAUUUUGGAAAUGAAUUUUUCAAUUUUUGAAAAAAAAUAAAGGUUCCUGUAUUGUACACCAUUGUGUAGCAUAAAAAACCUUGGAUACAAAUAUUAACAAUUAUUACGCGUAACACCUGUAUCAACAAAGCUAUUAAUUAGAACACAACUGAAAGUUCCAAAACUUGGAUUAAUGUUAGUAGGAUGGGGUGGAAAUAAUGGCACCACUAUUACUGCAGCAUUAUUAGCAAACAAACUUAAGUUAACAUGGGACACAAAGAAUGGCAUUCAAAAAGCAAAUUGGUAUGGUUCUUUAAUUCAAGCAUCCACUAUCAGAUUAGGCAAAGGAAACAAAGAAGAUAUAUAUGUUCCCAUGUCUUGGAUGCUUCCAAUAGUAAAUCCAGAUGAUAUUCAAAUUGAUGGUUGGGAUAUUUCAGACAUGAAUUUAGCUGAUGCUAUGCAACGUGCAAAAGUUUUGGACAUUAAUUUACAAAAACAAUUAGUAGAAUAUAUGAUUCAUAUGAAACCAAGAAAAAGCAUAUAUUAUUCAGAUUUUAUUGCUGCUAAUCAGGAAAAAAGAGCAAAUAAUGUUAUUUCGGGUACAAAAUUUGAACAAUUAGAACAAAUUAGAAAAGAUAUUGCAGAAUUUAAAAAUUCAAAUAAAUUGGAUCAAGUAAUUAUAUUAUGGACUGCUAACACUGAACGGUUUUCUGAGAUCAUUCCAGGUGUAAAUGAUACAGCAGAAAAUUUAUUAAAUGCUAUUAAGAAAAGUCAUUCAGAAGUUAGUCCCAGUACAGUUUUUGCUGUAGCAGCUGCUUUAGAAGGAUGUACAUAUAUUAAUGGAUCUCCUCAAAAUACUUUUGUACCAGGAGCAAUAGAAUUAGCAGAAAAACAUAAAACAUUUAUUGGUGGUGAUGAUUUUAAAUCUGGCCAAACAAAAUUAAAAUCUGUGCUUGUAGACUUUUUAGUUUCAGCUGGUAUUAAACCAGUAUCAAUUGUUAGUUAUAAUCAUCUUGGAAAUAAUGAUGGCUAUAAUUUAUCUGCUCCUCAACAAUUUCGAUCAAAAGAAAUUUCAAAAAGCAAUGUUGUGGAUGAUAUGGUACAAUCAAAUAAAAUUCUUUAUCAAUCUGGAGAAAAACCAGAUCAUUGUGUUGUUAUUAAAUAUGUUCCAUAUGUUGGUGAUAGCAAACGAGCAAUGGAUGAAUACACAUCAGAAAUAUUAUUGGGAGGACAUAAUACAAUUGUAGUACAUAAUACAUGUGAAGAUUCUUUGUUAGCAAGUCCAAUUAUUUUAGAUUUGGUUUUGUUGGCAGAGAUUUGUUCACGAAUUACCUUCAAAAUAGCAGAUACAAAAGAUGAAUUUACUGGAUUUCAUAGUGUACUAUCCAUACUUUCAUAUCUUUGCAAAGCACCAUUAGUACCACGAGGAACACCGAUUGUAAAUGCAUUAUUUAGACAACGAGCUGCAAUUGAAAACAUUUUAAGAGCAUGUCUUGCAUUGCCACCUGAAAAUAAUAUGUUACUUGAACAUAAAAUUAAUUUCAAAAAUCAAUUAUGAAUUUAAGAAAAAAACAUUGUGUUUUAAACUUUAAAGGGUAUUAUUUGCAAAAAAGGAACGAACAGUAUUAUUAAAGAAUAAUUUUAAAAAAACAGUAAAAAAUUAAAUAUUUUAGAAUUUAUAUUAUUUACAAAAUGAAAUUUGUUAGUGUUUAAAAAUCACUUUCAUAUUUCCACAUUUAUUGUUACGAAAUUUAUAUUAUUAGCUAUAAAUAAAUAUUAUUACUUAAUGACAAAUAUAAAAUUAUUAUAUAGUAUUUGAUGUGCGAGAAUGUUGUUUAUUAGAUUUCAUAACAUUUUAUAAAAUGUAAUUGUGAUAUAUAUUUCUUUAAACAUGACAAAAAAAUAUAUUUUUACAGUAAAUAAUAUUUUGAACAAUAAAAUUAUUUUCAAAUCAAGA